AUGAGCAUCGGUUUCAUCAUCUUCCUCCUUUUGGCCUUCGUUUCGAUCCCCACAACCACUUCCCAAUCUCCCACCUGCAAUGGAAUUUCUAUAUCCUACGUCUACAACUCCGGCUUCCAAAUCCCACCGACGGCCACCAACACAACCAACCAGCCCUACACCUUCCAGUCUACUCUCACUCUCACCAACGCCGGCGUUGAUCGACUCAAAUCAUGGCGGGUGUUUGUAGGGUUCCAACACCGUGAGUUCUUAGUCUCAUCUUCCAACGCUGUUCUUGCUGAUGGCACCUCUCUCCCUGCUAACGUCACCACCGGUGCUGUCUUCGCUGGGUUUCCCGCCACUGACCUCAAGACCGCCGUUGAGACCGCCGGUGACUGGAAUCAAAUGCAGGCUCGCAUACAAUUGGUCGGCACCCAAUUUGGUGUUGCGCCACCAAAUGUUUCCUUGCCGUCGAAUUUGUAUCUCGUGAAUGAUGGGUUCUUGUGUUCUGCACCUUCUACUCCAGCAAACAACGAGACACACGUAUGCUGUGAAAAGGACCCAAAUGCAAUACCUACAACACCUGGCACAAAUGUAGAAGAGACAUUCGACACACGACAAGAGGGCGAUGUCGUCAUAAUGUACGAUGUAACCAGUUCAAAAGAAACUGAAUACAUGGCACAAGUGACCCUCUCGAAUCACAAUCCCCUCAGCCGCCUUGACUAUUGGCAGUUGAGUUGGGAUUGGAUGCGAGAUGAAUUCAUCUACUCGAUGAAAGGGGCGUAUCCUUCUGUUAUUGAUACAAACCCUUGUAUAUUUGGCCGACAAGGAGAGUUCUAUAAAGAACUCGACUUCUCAGAAGCAUUAAAUUGUGAACGAAGACCAACAAUUGUAGACCUUCCGCUUAACAAAACAAACGACACACAGCUAGGCUUGGUUCCAUUUUGUUGUCGUAAUGGGACCCUCUUACCCCCUUCGAUGGAUUCAAGCAAGUCGGUUUCGGCUUUUACCAUACAAGUUUUCAAGAUGCCACCGGACAUAAACCGGACUCAGCUCACUCCACCUCAAAAUUGGAGAAUCAGCGAUACAAUGAACCCUAACUACCAAUGUGGGCAACCCAUACGGGUUAGCCCUACCUUGUUCCCGAACCCAUUUGGGCUUAUUUCUGAAUCCACUGCUGUUGCUAGUUGGCAAGUUGUUUGCAACAUAACACGGGCCAAAUCGGAUACCCCGAAAUGUUGUGUCUCCUUUUCGUCAUUUUUCAAUAAGUCUGUAGUUCCUUGCAAAACUUGUGCGUGCGGGUGUAACACUGCAGAUUCAUGCAGUACAACUGCACCCGCACUUCUAGUUCCUUCAAACGCACUUUUGGUGCCGUUUGAGAACCGAACUAAACUGACAGUUGAUUUUGCAAAGGACAAUGAUUGGACUUUGCCGAAUCAAUUGCCAUGUGCAGAUAACUGUGGUGUCAGCAUCAACUGGCACCUACUAUCAGAUUUCAAAGAAGGAUGGACCGCAAGAAUGACCAUUUUCAACUGGGGCGAAACGAGUUUUGCCGAUUGGUUUGCGGCUGUGGAGUUGAACAAAUCAAUGGCAGGAUUUGAGGAAGUGUACUCGUUCAAUGGUAGCCGGAUCACGGGUUCGAGUGACAUGAUUUUCCUACAAGGUCUACCGGGUCUAAACUAUAUUGUGGCAGAGAAAGAUGGGCGUAAACCAGAGAAGGACCCACGUGUUCCGGGUUCACAACAAUCGGUCAUUUCUUUCACAAAGAAGAACAUACCCGGGCUCAAUGUGGCACGUGGUGAUGGGUUCCCGGACAAAGUCUAUUUCAAUGGUGAAGAAUGCUCGGUUCCUGAUAUUCUUCCCAUCUCUAGCCAUGGUUCGCGGAUGAUGGUCACCCUUGAUUCGGUUCUAAUUAUGCUGGUUUUGUUGGUCUUUCUAUAA